UGGCGGAGUUCACCGCUUUCACAUCGACACAAACAUAACCCUGUUUUAUUUAUCAAAGGAGUGUAAAAAAUAAUUUCCCGCUUAUAGAAUUUGUUCUUUUAGUGUGCCAAAUCCGUAGAAAAUGUCGACAGACUUUUACAUACGGUAUUACGUCGGUCACAGGGGAAAAUUUGGUCAUGAAUUCCUUGAGUUCGAGUUCCGGCCCGAUGGCAAACUGCGCUAUGCCAACAAUUCUAAUUACAAGAACGAUACAAUGAUCCGGAAAGAGGCAUACCUACACCCCUGUGUAAUGGAGGAACUGAAGAGAAUAAUUGUGGAUUCCGAAAUAAUGCACGAAGACGACCGUUUGUGGCCCCAACCCGAUCGUGUUGGUAGGCAGGAGCUGGAGAUUGUGAUUGGAGAGGAGCAUAUCUCGUUCACCACGUCGAAAACUGGAUCCCUGCUGGAUGUCAACCAGUCCCGCGACCCAGAAGGUCUCCGCGGCUUUUAUUACCUUGUGCAGGAUUUGAAAUGCCUUGUGUUUUCUCUCAUUGGACUUCAUUUUAAGAUUAAGCCUAUAUAAUUGUAACUUUAAGAUUAACUGCUAAAUGACUAAAUAAAUAUGUAAACCACU